UCAACUAGCUUGUCACAUCUGAUAUUGAUCUGCUUUGUUAUAUAAUAUAUAGUUUGUUUGUUUGGGAUCGAUCAAGGCGUGGUGUAACUGCAUAGAGAGAUCGAGGAGAAUGGCUGGGACUGGGAAGGUAGAGAAGUUGGAGGCAGAAGUGGAGAUCAAGGCUUCUGCUGACCACUUUCAUGACAUCUUUAGCUCCAGACCUCACCACAUAUCCAAUAUCUGUCCUGAAAAAAUUCAGGGUUGUGAUAUCCAUGAGGGUGAAUGGGGCAACGAGAGCUCUGUUAUCUACUGGAACUAUGUCCUCGAUGGGAAAGCUUGUGUGGCAAAAGAGAUAGUAGAAGCCAUAGACAAGGAGAAGAAUUCAAUAACAUUCAAAGUGAUAGAGGGAGAAUUGCUGGUGGACUAUAAGAGCUUCAAGAUCAUCGUUCAAGCUACCCCAAAGGGUGAGACCACCUUGGUGAAAUGGACCUUUGAAUUUGAGAAGCUGAAAGAACAUGACCCUGAGCCAAAAAAAUUGCUCCACUUCGUUGUUCAUGUCACCAAAGAUAUUGAAGACCACCUUGAACGUCACGACAAAGUCCAGCCACGAGCUCCUCUAGUGCUAACAAGUGGUACUAGAGUCGAAGGGGUGGUGCAAGUGCAGAGAGAGAGAUCGAGGAGAAUGGCUGCAGGGACUGGGAAGGUGGAGAAGUUGGAGAUAGAAGUGGAGAUCAAGGCUUCUGCUGACCAUUUUCAUGAUAUCUUCAGCUCUAGACCUCACCACAUAUCCAACGUUUGCCCUGAAAAAGUUCAGAGUUGUGAAAUCCAUGAGGGUGAAUGGGGUAAGGAGAGCUCUGUUAUCUACUGGAACUAUGUCCUCGAUGGGAAAGCUUGUGUGGCAAAACAAAUAGUAGAAGCCAUAGACAAAGAGAAGAAUUCGGUGACAUUUAAAGUGAUAGAGGGACAAUUACUGGAGGAGUACAAGAGCCUCAAGGCCACUAUUCAAGCUACCCCAAAGGGUGAGACCACCUUGGUGAAAUGGACCCUCGAAUUUGAGAAGCUGAAGGAAGAUGACCCUGAGCCCAAAAAAUUACUCGACUUUGUUGUUCUUCUCACCAAAGAUAUUGAAGACCACCUUGUGAAGGCUUAAUAUAUAUAUAUAUAUGCCUGUAUAAGUAUUGUGCCAUAAUUCUAAGUCUUGCAUGUAUAAUAAAGUAGUGUUCGGAAUGUCGAAAAUUUAAAUUUGAAUUUAUACAGAUUUGAAAGAAUAUUAUGAUAAUUUUAUAUUAAGUUCUAUUCAAAUCUGUAUCAAUUCAAAUUAAAGAUUUGAAAUCUAUUCCGAAAUACUAUAUAUGUAAGGGUUUGGGAAAGAAGGUUUCUUGUAUUAGUUUGCCCCCUUGUAUGGUAUUCCUCCAUCCAUAAUUAAGUAUAAUGUAUUUUGCUGGUAA